AGCAUAGCCAAAAACACCCCUCAAGCACAAGUCGAUUAUCUCCAAGCACCACUCUCUAGUUUUCUCCGCCACUUUUCACUUAACCUUAAUUUCUGCUAUUUUCAUAUUUCAUAUAAAUAAACAACCUUAUUUUCUGUUCCAUUUUCCUUUCAUAACCACAAUCUUAAAAAAAAAACAUCUCUGGUUUUUUCACUUUGGUUUGCAAAGUGAGAAGAAAUAAAAAACAUGUCUUUCUCUGCAACAAAGUUCCCACACUCUCUUCUUGGGGUUCCUGUCAAUUCCUCAACUCCAAGAUCCAUUGAGAAAUCAAUAUCUUUCUCUUCUGAUCUCUUCAAACAUAACCCUUCUUCUUCCUCUUUCCUUGGAUCCACUCAGAAGCUUCUUCGGUUCAAUUCUCUCUCUAAGCCGUUUCUUCAUCGUCGUUCGUCAUCGCCUGUUGCUGUUCUUCUUCAACAGACCUCCAAUUUGCUUAUUACUAAAGAGGAAGGGUUAGUGCUUUAUGAAGACAUGGUACUAGGAAGGUCCUUUGAAGACAAGUGUGCUGAGAUGUAUUAUAGAGGUAAAAUGUUCGGUUUCGUUCACUUGUACAACGGCCAAGAAGCCGUGUCAACUGGAUUCAUCAAGUAUUUGAGGCAAGAAGAUUGCAUUGUGAGCACAUACAGAGACCAUGUUCACGCGUUGAGUAAAGGGGUCCCUUCACGAGCUGUGAUGAGCGAACUCUUUGGGAAAGCAACGGGAUGCUGCCGAGGUCAAGGUGGUUCGAUGCAUAUGUUCUCAAAAGAACACAACGUGCUCGGCGGUUUUGCGUUCAUCGGUGAAGGAAUUCCAGUGGCCACCGGUGCGGCGUUUUCCAUGAAGUACAAAAGAGAGGUGUUGAAUCAGGCGGAUUCUGAUAACGUGACAUUGGCGUUUUUCGGAGAUGGAACUUGUAACAACGGACAGUUCUUCGAGUGUUUGAAUAUGGCUGCUUUGUGGAAGUUGCCAAUUGUGUUUGUGGUGGAAAAUAAUUUGUGGGCCAUUGGGAUGUCGCAUCUCAGGGCAACUUCGGAUCCCCAGAUAUGGAAAAAAGGUCCAGCUUUCGGGAUGCCGGGAGUUCAUGUUGACGGGAUGGAUGUUUUGAAGGUCAGAGAGGUGGCAAAGGAGGCAAUCGAUAGAGCGAGAAGAGGAGAAGGACCAACUCUAGUUGAAUGCGAGACUUAUAGAUUUAGAGGACAUUCAUUGGCUGACCCUGACGAGCUUCGUAACCCUGCUGAGAAGGAACACUAUGCUGGUAGGGAUCCCAUCACUGCAUUGAAGAAAUACCUUUUCGAGAACAACUUAGCCAGUGAACAAGAAUUGAAAACAAUAGACAAGAAAAUCGAUGAGAUCCUAGAAGAGGCCGUUGAGUUUGCAGAGAAGAGCCCUCAGCCACAGCGCAGCCAGCUUCUAGAGAACGUGUUUGCCGAUCCUAAAGGUUUUGGAAUUGGACCGGAUGGCAGGUAUAGAUGUGAAGAUCCAAAGUUUACAGAAGGCACUGCUCAUGUCUAAUCUAUAUUUGUGUGCUUUCAUUUUUGUAUUAAUGUUGUUAUUAAUAUGGUUACUAAUCAUAAAAUGUUACUCAUAGAAUGCAUCAUCUAUCUUGCCUAAUAUAAAGAGGAUUUGUUCUUUAGGUUGGAAACUUUGUUUUUCCUGUCUUGUAUUUGUUAUUGUUUGUGGAAUUAGUGUUAAGAAUGACAAUCUUCAAAGUUUUAUCUAUAUAAACUUGUUGUGUAAGCUUUAUUUUUUUGACAGAACUUGUUGCGUUUA